ACCUCUUACCAUUAUAUCUCAUGAGCAGGCCAACAACAAACAAGAUGUCACCCCUCAGAACAACCCUCCCCCGCCUCCCAGUCUUCAGACGCUCAAUCCUCACCCUCUCACAACUCAGACAAUACUCCUCCUCCUCUCAAAAACCCACCUCCCAGACAGGAGUCUUCUACAAAGCCUGGACCAGACCAGUCGCCAAGACAGCCCUCCUCGCAGUAUUUGUAUACCAGCUGGCCUACUGGGGUUGGUCAAAGCUUGAGGUGGAUGACAUCAAGGAGCAAAAAAAAGCUGAGAUCAUCAGACUGGAAGCCCAGGUCAAGAAACUGCAGGAUGAGAAGAGGAGAGAGGAGAAAUGAGGCAUGAAAUCUGUAGAAUAUACACAACCAAAACCUUUACUUGUAGCAACAUGUUCAGUAAUGAAGCCUAAAAAGCUCGGCG